AUGUCUCUUGGUGAGGCUGUCUUCGCGCUCACAUCGAACAAUCCGGACGGCCAGAAAAAUCAUCGGGUGAAACGGAUUGGAAAGGUUGUGGAGGUGUCUCGUGGGUACGAUUCGAUGCUUUUCCAAUUUGAAAGUGAUGUCGAAGUGGAAUUGUACACAAUCAGGACUAGCAACGACACGAAAUUUACCUUCGACUUGGCUGCGGUGGCUGAAGCCGACCCCGACAUGCGAACUCGCCUUUUCGACUUUGGUGCACAACGAAGAGGGACCGUAGGCGAAGUCUCGUCUCGAUGGCUUCCAGAUUUUCCUGGUCACAGAAUCCUAAGGGAAGACGAUAUCGGCAUUACGCGCCUGGUUGGGGACGAAAACCAGAAUUUGAAAGACAUUACCCACGACGGAGACUGCGUGAGCACAUUGCCAGCCGCAUCUCCACAAGGGGAUGCCUUGCCGCCACCGCGAUUUCAACUGUCGUUUGAACCUGGAGAAGAACCUACGCCCCUGGAAGAAGAGUAUAUUGUUAUGAGCAAACCAAGGAUAGUCCCAAUUCGCAUUGUUGAAGACUAA